AUGCUGAAACCGACACCCUGCUUUGGCUAGGACAUCUAAUUUGAAUGAGGAACUUGGACAGGUAGAAUACAUUUUCUCUGAUAAAACUGGAACUUUGACAAGAAAUUUAAUGGAGUUCUUCAAGUGCACUAUUGGAGGUGAAAUCUAUGGAACAGGUAUGACUGAAAUUGAGAGGGGUGUAGCAGAGCGAAAAGGCAUAAAGGCCCAAGAGGUGCAAACAUCAACCAAUCCAGUGCGGGAAAAGGGUUUUAAUUUUGAUGAUGUGAGGCUCAUGCGAGGUGCUUGGAGAAAUGAGCCUAAUCCUGAUGCUUGCAAGGAAUUUUUUAGAUGCCUUGCCAUAUGUCACACUGUGCUUCCUGAAGGUGACGAGUCACCUGAGAAAAUCAAAUAUCAAGCUGCAUCCCCAGAUGAGGCUGCUUUGGUUUUGGCUGCGAAACAUUUUGGCUUCUUUUUUUACAGGCGUACACCUACAAUGAUAUAUGUUCGUGAAUCUCACGUGGAGAGGAUGGGUAAAAUCCAAGAUGUUUCUUAUGAGAUUUUAAAUGUUCUCGAGUUCAAUAGUACAAGGAAGCGCCAAUCUGUUGUAUGUCGUUAUCCAGAUGGAAGGCUGGUACUGUACUGUAAGGGAGCUGAUACUGUUAUUUAUGAGAGAUUGGUGGGUGGAAGUGAUGAAAUAAAAAAAGUGACUAGGGAACACUUGGAGCAAUUUGGCUCUGCUGGAUUACGGACCCUUUGCCUGGCCUAUAAAGAUCUAUCUCCAGAUGUUUAUGAAAGCUGGAAUGAGAAAUUCAUCCAAGCCAAGUCAUCUCUACGAGAUCGUGAAAAGAAGUUGGACGAGGUGGCUGAACUCAUAGAGAAGGAUCUCAUUUUAAUUGGUGCUACUGCAAUAGAAGACAAGCUUCAAGAAGGAGUGCCUGAUUGCAUUGAGACUCUUUCUAGAGCUGGAAUUAAGAUUUGGGUGCUAACAGGGGACAAGAUGGAAACUGCAAUAAAUAUAGCUUAUGCAUGCAAUUUACUAAACAAUGAUAUGAAACAAUUCACCAUCAGCUCUGAAACAGAUGCCAUUCGAGAAGUCGAAGAAAGGGGGGACCAAGUUGAAAUUGCACGCUUUAUGAAGGAGGAAGUUAAAAGACAACUGAGGAAGUGCCUUGAUGAGGCACAGCAAUAUUUUAAUACAGUCUCUGGACCAAAAUUAGCACUCAUUAUAGAUGGAAAGUGUCUGAUGUAUGCUUUAGACCCAAGUUUACGGAUAAUGCUUCUCAAUUUGAGCCUGAAUUGUUCUUCGGUUGUUUGCUGCCGAGUCUCCCCUCUACAGAAAGCACAGGUAACGAGUCUAGUGAAAAAAGGUGCACGUAAAAUUACACUUAGUAUUGGUGAUGGUGCCAAUGAUGUUAGCAUGAUUCAAGCUGCUCAUAUUGGUGUUGGAAUUAGUGGCCUUGAGGGGAUGCAAGCGGUUAUGGCCAGUGAUUUUGCAAUUGCUCAGUUUCGCUUUCUUAAAGAUUUGCUACUUGUUCAUGGGCGUUGGUCUUAUAUUAGAUUAUGCAAGGUCGUAACUUAUUUCUUUUACAAGAAUCUUACAUUCACUCUGACUCAAUUUUGGUUCACCUUUAAUACUGGAUUCUCUGGUCAAAGAUUCUAUGACGACUGGUUCCAGUCGUUGUAUAAUGUCAUAUUCACCGCACUGCCGGUGAUUAUUGUUGGCCUUUUUGACAAGGAUGUCAGUUCGUCCCUUUCAAAGAGGUACCCUGAGUUAUACAAGGAGGGAAUAAAAAAUAUAUUUUUCAAGUGGAGAGUUGUUGCGAUAUGGGCCUUCUUCGCCGUCUAUCAAUCUCUAGUUUUCUACUACUUUGUGACAGAUUCUAGUUCAACAAGUCAAGGUUCAUCCGGUAAAAUGUUUGGUCUGUGGGAUGUCAGCACAAUGGCCUUCACUUGUGUUGUAGUAACUGUCAAUUUGCGCCUUCUUAUGAUCUGUAAUUCAAUCACAAGAUGGCAUUACAUUAGUGUUGGAGGAAGCAUUCUGGCGUGGUUCGUGUUUAUUUUCUUAUAUUCUGGUAUUAUGACUUCAUAUGAUCGACAGGAGAAUAUCUUUGGGGUCAUAUAUGUCUUAAUGAGUACAUUCUAUUUCUACGUCACUCUUCUUCUUGUUCCUGUUGCUGCACUUCUCGGAGAUUUCCUUUUCUUAGGAGUGCAAAGAUGGUUCUUCCCCUAUGAUUAUCAGAUUGUUCAGGAAAUUCACAAGGACGAGGCUGAUGAUAAUGGCCGUACCGGUUUACUGGGAACCGACAAUCAUCUUACACCAGAUGAGGCAAGAAGCUAUGCUUUAUCUCAGUUGCCAAGGGAAAUAUCGAAACACACGGGAUUCGCCUUCGACUCUCCCGGGUACGAGUCAUUUUUCGCUUCACAGCUCGGCAUAUAUGCACCACAGAAGGCAUGGGAUGUUGCUCGAAGGGCUAGCAUGAGGUCAAAGCCGAAGCCAAAACCAACCAAAAUGAAUUGAUUCGAAGGAACAUUGUUUGUACAAAUUCUUUCCCCCCCCCCCCCAAAACCCCUUAUUUGGUAGUCCAACCCUAGAGAAAUAUGUAAUAUUAGUCGAUUUGUUGUAGUGCCUUUUUGUUCAUUUAUAUAAAAUUGUUCCAUUAUAUUAGGAACCACAUUGAGUGAGAGGAUUGCCACAGAUGUACAGCUAAACCAUUUAUAGACAAAUGACAAUUUCAUUAUAUA